AUGAUGGACGUCGUGCGAGAAAGAAACAGGAACUUCGACCUGAGCGAUUCGUAUGAAGGGCGGAGUCCUGCGUUGACGGAGCCGCACAGUGGCAACACCUUUGUCAUGAGCAACAAUGUAAGUAGUGGGAACACCCCGAUUAUGAGCAACAAUAUAAGUAGCGGCAACCCCGCCAGUGAGGCAUGCGUGGACAUUAGUAACGAACGGUAUAUCAUCUGGAGGAGGAACACGCCAUUUCUGUACAAUACUCUGUUGAGGAACAAGCUGGAGUGGCCCUCUCUGACGGUCGAAUUUAUAGGCGUCGAUAACUCCUUCAAGGCUAAGACGAAUUAUUUCACAAAUAAGAUCCUCCUCGGCACAUAUACGUCGAAUCAGGAUUCAGAAUACGUAUACAUUGGGGAGGUGAAGGCACCACUGUACUCAACAAAGGAGGACGUCUUACAGUAUGAAAACUACACAGGGUUUAUAAACAACAAAAAGAAGAAAAAGGGUUACCCACUCCCUUCCUUUGAAGUAAAGGCGAAGUUACUACACCCAGGGGAAGUCAUAAGAGCUACUCACCUACCAAGCAACUCGUUUUUUAUUGUUACCCAGACGUGCAAUGGAAAUAUAUUGCUCUUUGACUAUACAAAGCAUCCUUCGUUCCCCUCAGAUACAUCCACUUGUUACCCUCAGAUGAUCCUGAAGGGGCACAAUGGGGAAGGCAAUGGCCUCUGUUGGAACAUUAAUCGUGUUUACGAUAGUUGCGCCAAGCAAAGCGUUCCGUUUGAGGAGGAGGUCGACCCUGAUGUGACAGACGCAACGGAUGGAACUAAUGGGAUUGGAACAAUGGAGGAAGAAAACGAAGAAGACAGUAAUGAUGAAGUCCUUGGUGAUGUAAACACGAGCAACUUACUUCUAGCCUCGUGUGCAUCCGAUGGAAGCAUAUGCCUCUGGGAUAUAAACAAAGGAACGAAGAGCAACGAAGUGCCCAGAACGUAUGGAAUAAAUAAAACCGGAAAAGGUGCCGAUUAUAAUUUUAAGAUUUAUGAAAAUACACCCACGUUAAGUCCUCUAUGCACGUGGAUACAUAAAAAUGAAGAGACGUCACUGAAUGACAUAUUUUUUCACCCCAAAUUUAAAAACGUCUUGGGGGUCUGUGAUGACAAUGGUUGUAUGAGUCUAUAUGACGUAAGGGCCAAAACAUUUUUUUCCAAAGCGGAGCUCAAUUUUAAAGAACACAAUGCACCUAUGAAUACCUUCUCUUUUGAUACCUUUUCUGAAUACACCUUUUCUUCUGGGUAUUCAGACGGAUUAAUAGCCAUCUGGGACUUGAGGCACGAAAAAGAAUCCCUCCUUCAGAUAGAUUAUCACACACAGAGUAUUAAUAGGAUAAAAUUCUGCCUGAUGCAGUCAGGUAUUUUUGGAUCCUGUUCUGAUGAUGGCACAGCAUGUAUUUGGGACAUUUCCAGGAAUUCUUUAAAUUAUUCACAGGUACAAAAAAUGGAGGACGACAUUUAUAAUAAUCCGAAGAAGAUCCCAAAGCAGCUGCUCUUUGUUCAUGGAGGCCACGUUGGAAGUGUGUAUGACCUUUCUUGGGCCAACAGCAACACCUUCUUGGUGGCCACAGUGGGCGUGGACAACUCCCUCCAGGUGUGGCACAUGAACGAGCAGUUCUUGUUUCAGUGA